CAAAUGUUCUCGCAAACGAGCAACACAUGCUGGAAGGAACACUGCUGCAAAUGAGAGGAUUGUCGUCCACCUUCUCUUUAACGGGGAACGUAGAAAGCCUGCAGAAAAAGCUAGUUCAGCUCAACAAACUCGUUUACAUACAGUCUGAACUGAAUGCCGACCUUCGAGCAGGACACAAGGCUACUCGACAAAGCCUCAUUAGCAAAGAGCAACAUCUUCAGACUGUCACCACAGAAAAUGCCCAGCUGAAGACAGAGCUUACGCGUGAAAAACAAGCCAGGGGAUGCUCUUUCGACCUGUGUCGAAGGUUGGAGGAAGAAAAUGGUCGUCUCAUGGACAGGACGGAAGCUGACAAGAGGGAGAUCGAACGGCUUAAGGACCAGGUAGCCUCCUUGUCCAACGGUAUGACCUGUACGUACGAGAUGAGCCAUGUUCCACGUGGAAUUGCCAUCAUCAUCAACAACAUCCACUUUGAGGACAUGGGGAUCCGUGAUGGGGCAGAAGGUGAUACAGGUCGCCUUCGAGAAGCCUUUGAAAGUCUUGGUUUCACCGUGGUGACCUUGAGUGACCUUGACCAUGCCAAGAUGGUGGCUGCUAUGAAGGACCAGGGCAAAGCUGACCACUCCAACCACGACUGUUUCGUCUGCUGUGUCAUGUCGCAUGGCACCAUGGGAAAGGUCUUCUCUUCCGAUGACGUAGGCAUAGAUAUCUGUGAGCUCAUGAAACCUGUCAAUGCUAAAAAAUGUCCAUCACUCAAAGGCAAGCCAAAGCUUUUCUUCAUCCAGGCUUGUCAGGGAGAGAAAAGUCAGUGUAGGGAAAGCUUUGAUGGCGACCGUGAUGCUAAACCUGUCCCCUUUAUCUGCCACGAAGCCGACUUCUUCCUGGGCCUGGCCACGGUCCCAGGCUAUGUGGCUAGGCGGGACCAGGACGGGGCUCCCUAUGUGCACCAUUUGGCAAACAUGCUGAAAGAUUUCGGCCCAACUCACGAUCUGUCCGCCAUCAUGGCCAUGGUGUGCGACAAAAUGAACGACAUCCAUGACGACAAGUUUGGGUGGAUCUCCUCAAACCACAGCACUUUGCGCAAAAAGAUAAUCUUCAAUACAAAGUGAGGUAAUUAUGGUGUUUUGUGGUGUGGGCUAAGGUAUUUGAUU